AUGCCUUUGGUCAAGCACCGCAAAGUUGUUAUGCUAGGGUACCCCGCAGUUGGUAAGUACCCGCUAUGUGGGGAGGAUUACCUGUCCGUAGUCCCUGGGUGUGGGCUGAGCAAAGCAGACUGACCGGUAAUAUUGCUGGGAGAGCGGGAUCUGUUGUCUAAUUUGGGGUAUAAUGGUUGGUCUAUAAUGCAAUGUGUGGUAUGCUCACUGAUCACACCUGUAUACGUUUUGGAAAUGUCCUGACCAGGAAAUAUUAUUGUAUGCAUUCAAGUUUGUUCAGUGGGAAUCUGUGCGCUUUCGGCUCGUUGAGAUUUCGUGUCUUUUAAACGGAUUGUGGUCCAUGUGAGUUUAACCCCUUAAGGACAUGUGACAUGUCAUGAAUCCCUUUUAUUACAGAAGUUUGGUCCUUAAGGGGUUACAGGGAUCGGGGCUAUGUGCGUUCAGCUAAAGGUCUCUUGUGAGUUUAAAGGGAUCGGGUCCAUGAUCUGCAUUUGCGAGCUCCUGCGAUAGACUAGCGGCUAGUUUAGGGUCCCGCUAUCAGGGCUAUGAACAUUAUUGUCUAGGAUAGUCUAUAUAGGGGUUUCCGACAAGGCUUUAAAGACUCGCUGUAAUUGUUGAUGGUGCGUGUCUCCAGAUUGGAAGUGAUGAUUUUGUGUUUAGGGAGGAGACGUGUCCCUGUGGGGGAGGGUUGGACACCCAUGUUGUGGGGGGUGGGAGGAUGGGGGUUGGUUGCCUUUUGAAAUGACUCGCCGUAAUGUUUCUGCGUUUGGCUAGUCCCUAAAAAUAGGGAUUGUGGGAAUUUAACGUUUUUAGGCCAAACUCUUCCAGGUGAAACUUAAUCAGUUUAGCUAAUUUGACCUAAAUUUAAACUCGCUUUUCAUUCCUAGCAAUUUGGGUUUUCAGUCAUUUACUACAAUUUUUUGUAUAUAAUCUAAAAUGUGCAAUGUCCCAAGCCAGGCACCCAUGUAGUUAUCUGGCUGUGUUCCUGGCCCCAGCAUAUGGCUGAUAGCCUUCCAUCACUCUUUGUAAAAUGGCUGACCGCUGGAUUUAAUUCUUAAUUUGUUUUUAAAAUUUUUUAUUUUUUUUUAUUUUUUCAGGUAAAUCGUCUCUGGCAGUUCAUUUUGUUAAAGGAGAGUUUCCAAAAGAAUACGAGCCAACAAUUGAAAACAGUACGUCUUGUAUUUUCCUAACCUGAUACAAUGUAUAUUCGUGUAUGUAGCGAGUAAUUCUGUAGAGAAUUAAAAAAAAAAAAAGUUAAAAUAAACGAUUUAUGCAAGUUUCCCCGGGAUUGCCCUAUAGAAAAUAGCUACACUAAAUGACAUCUCAGAAAAAAAUUUCCUUUUUUUUUUUUUUUUUUUUAUAGCCUGGAGUAAAACUUUUGUUAUCGGUAAUGAUGAAUUCGAGUUGGAUGUUGUUGAUACCGCCGGCCAGGUAAGUAAUCUAUUCUAUAAAUGCACAGAAUGUUUGUUUAUAUUGGGAUUGUAGUGAUAUCUGACCUCUUUAUAUAUUCUCUCCCCAGAAUGAAUAUUCUAUGAUUCCCCACGCUUUUGUGUUCGGCAUUCACGGUUACAUUGUAGUAUAUUCUGUCGGAUGUGAAAGAAGGUAUUCGCUCGGGCAGUAUUUUUAGUUGAGAUAACUAUACAACAGCUCCACCUGCUGGAAACUUUGGUGUUAAUGCAGCAUCGUGGGAAAAUAGUUUUGACACUUAAUGGUGUAAAUAGGAUAGCAUAUCAUGAGUAUCUCAAACGGCAAACUCUACAGUAGUUGCUGGUAUCAAAAUGUCUCACGGCAAGCUUGUUAAAAAUUUAGAAACUGUGCAGACCACAGCUAAUUUUUAGCUUGAGGUGUUUUUUUUUUUUUAACUUUAUUUUAAAUCACCUGAUAAAUUGACUUAUUUUUUUUUUUUUUUUUUUUCCAGUUUUGAGAUUGCCCGGACGCUGCAUAAAUAUCUGGUGGAUCUCCGUGGGAAGUGUCUGUAAGUGUAUUAUAUAGAAGUAACAAAGAUGUCUAUUCCCCUUAACUUCAUAGCUUCAACAUAAACAUGCCCUUAAAUAUCCUUACAUCUAGUCUAUGCUUGACUGUCUUAAUCAGACUAUGUCUUUACUCAAGCUGUUGCCUAAGUGUUUCCACACAUACUGUGAAGCAUAAAACGUAUGCAGUCAUGUAUAUAGCGUACUUUCUAGAUGGUCGCGCAGGGUUGGGAUAUGCCCAAGCUAGCUUGUGUAGGAUAGCAAAAGCCCUUGUAUAAAUAUUUGCUCAGACUGACUAUCACACUGCUUAAUUUUGUUUUCCAGGAUGCCCAUUGUCCUAGUUGCCAAUAAAAGCGAUCUUCCACCUCAAAGGUAUGUUUUGAGUGUCUUGUGUCUUAAACUAUACUCAAAGGUCACCGAGUAACUUGUAACGUAGCAAACACUAGUCUAGGUCUCCUAGCACUGUUGUGACACUAGUAUCUUGGUUGCAAACUCUUGUAUAACCUUCAGUCCCUUUAUUUCCAUGUUAUUAAAGAGGUAGUGGUCCUGUGUUACUACACUCGAUUUCUAGCCAUGGAUCACAUGUAAAUUUCUGACAUUGAAAGGGGUCUUGUGUAGCUCUACCAAUAUUCUUUGCACUUUAAUGUGCAAGUGAAGGUUGACUGGUGUAGGCUUUAGGAGCAUCUUGAAAUCCAAGCUAGAUGGUGUAUUUGUGAAUGGGUCAAUACAUAGAAACAUUCAUACAUGGAAACUUUAGCAUAGGAUACCAAAAACAAGAGGUAUUCUCUCCAUGUGUAGUACUAUACCCUAAGUUUUUUCAAUUGGUUUCUGCUUGGGGACCCAGCUUGACUUGCUUAUCUAAUAGACUAGUCCUUUAUGUGUACUUCUUACUGGGUAAGAGCUACCAAGAUGGUGUCUUUCCAAAUUAGGUCCUAUAGGGAUUCUUCUUGGAGGGAUAAAGUGCAUAUAGCACCUUGAAGGUGCUUUAACCAGACUGGAAAAAUAGGUUCUUGUCACCAGAGAACCUGAAUCUGACUAUUCUUAUCAGCUCUCAAAGUAAUGAGAACCUGUUUAGAGACACAACAAUGUACAGGCAGAAGACUGUUCGAAUCUAGAAUUUUUUUUUUUUUUUCCCAUUGUGUCUGGCUGAGGUAAAAUCUCGUUGUGAUCACUUUUUGCAGACGGGAAGUGAGAUACGAAGAGGGCAAGAAGCUUGCGGAUUCUUGGGGUGCAGCCUUUAUGGAAGUUUCAGCAAAGAACCCAGAGGUAAAUUGUUUGCCAUGUAUAUCUAAUUUAAUCCAUAGCUCUUCUUUAAACUUGUAUAUUUAUAUAUAAUUUUUUUUUUUUUUUUUUUUUAGGAUAGUAAAAUGAUCUUUACAAAGAUCAUUCAAGAAAUUGACCGUGUGGAACGAAGCUUUGGGGAUGAGAAGAAGUGCCGUGUUAUGUAAACUGGUUCACUUUACCACUGCUUGAGUUUCCUGCAGAAGCGGGCAUUUGUAGGAAUUCAUACAGUGGAUGUUCAGGGUAUUGACAGUGUAUGUGUGUCUUUGUCUACUUCAG